AUGACAAACAAGCGGUGUGAAGUCCUCCUGGGUAGUGGAAACUACUUCCACUGGGAGUAUAACAUGCGCAUGACGUUGGCGCGCAAGGGGCUGCUGGUGCACGUUCAAGUCAUCAAGAAAGAAGAAGAGAUGAACAAUGCCUGGCUGUUCAACGACGCUAAGGCACUGGGUAUCAUCGCUCAAGGCAUAGAGCUACAGCACCAGACCAAGAUACGAUCGGCGACGACAGCUAUGCACGCGUGGGUCAUCUUGCGGGACUUCUACAACCGCACCACGCUCCACAAUCGUGUCGAGAUGACACGUCGUCUGCAUGAGUUCAAGAUGGAGAAUGGUUCGACCAUGUCGAAGCACUUGGAUGCUUUUGACGAGCUUGUUGUCGGCCUCCAGACACUUGGAGAGCCAGUCGAUGACUCUCGGCAGCUAGUGGUGCUGCUUAGUAGUCUUCCGACGGACUAUGAGCUCAUCUCGUCAAUUGUAGAGAAUUCCAAGGACAUUACGCUCAUCGAGGUCAAGGAAAAGCUGCUCAAGGAGCAUGAACGAUUGCAGAGGAAGGAGACUACGGAGAAGGCGUUUCCUGUAAGCAGCAACGGCAAGUGCUUUAAGUGUGGUCAAGUCGGACACUAUAAGCGGGACUGCCUGAAGCGUAGCAACGGCGAGGAAGAAGGUGCUGUGUUUGCUGCUGGUGAGUUGCAAUGCGAAGAAUGGCUUAUCGACAGCGGGGCUACGUCGCACAUGACACCACAUCGGAGCGAUCUAUUUGAGUACAAGGAGUUGAAGACUGGUCAACAAGUCUCUAUCGCUGAUGGCAAGAAGCUGCAGGUAGCUGGAGUGGGAACAGUCAAGCUGAAAGGUCUAGACGGUCGACGGAUCAUGAUGGUCGAUGUCAUGCACAUACCAGGACUUGACAAACGAUUGCUCUCGUCCUGCUUCAUUUGGAGUGCCAAGCGCGCGAUUGCAAGCGGCAAGAAGAUUGGCAAGGCGUACUUCCUGGAUUGCGAACAAGAAGAAGCCCGGCUUGUAGAAUACGCAGGGGCUGAAAGUGAGUGGGAGCUUUGGCACGCUCGCUUGGGACACCCCGGAAGAUCUGGUAUGGACAAGACACAGCGCGCUACGAGUGGUAUGCCGGCGGUAAAGCAGGGCAUCGAGAAGCUGUGCAGUGGAUGCAUGAAGGGCAAGCUGACGAUCGAUACAUUCCCGUCUCAAUCGCUAACAAGGAAGUCACGUGUGUUGGAACUAGUACACACGGACGUGAUGGGACCGAUGAAGACGGUCUCAAAGGGUGGUGCACGAUUCGUAUUGACAUUCGUAGACGACUACUCAAGAUUUGUGGCAGCGUACUUCAUGAAGCACAAGAGCGAGGUGGCCGCAAGGCUUAGCGAGUUUAAGGAUUUCUUUGAGAAUCAAUGGGGCAAGCACUUGAAGUGUAUACGGUCGGAUAACGGGACGGAGUUUGUCAACAAGAAGAUUGCCCAUAUAUGCGCCCGUAAUGGUAUCAUGCACCAGCGGACAGUACCAUAUAGCCCGCAACAGAACGGCGUUGCGGAACGCAUGAAUCGCACUAUCAUGGAGAAGGCAAGGAGCAUGCUGUACUACAAGGGUAUCGACAUGCAGUGGUGGGCAGAGACGGUCAGUACGGCUGUGUACUUGAUCAACAGAUCCACAAACUCUGCAAAUUCGGACGUAACACCGUUCGAGGUUGGUUUCAAGAUGAAGCCGAGUAUUGAGCAUUUGCGUGUGUUUGGAUCGCAAGGGUAUGCUCACAUUGACGACGCCAAGAGGACGAAGCUCGAACCAAAGAGUUACCGGUGUAUGUUCCUCGGAUAUGCGGAGAACACCAAGGGAUACAGGGUGUUCAAUCUGGAAAGGUCGAAGGUUGUCAUAUCGCGCUCCGUAAAGCUGGACGAGCGGAAAGUUGAAGGCAUAUACGACACGGUGGUACUAGAUAAAGUACCAGUCGUCAAGUAUAUUAGGGACACUGAUGAAGCAGUGAUUCCGGUGGUUCGUCCGUAUGAUGGAGACGAGACGAUGGAAGAUGUCGAAGAAAGCGCUCCUGAUGUCGAGAUGGACGAGAUAGAAUCGGCUCCAUUCGAAACAGGUAUCAUCAUACCUCAAGUACUCGAUCCAGAAACUCAAGAACCAAGAGGCGAUGAGAUAACGGGAUAUCAAGCUCCGAAACAAGCUUUUCAGGAGGACAGGUUGGUAUUUCAGCCGGAGAUAAAUCGGACAAGACGCUCACGAGACAGAAUGCUGCUGCUUGAGAAUGGGAAUAGCAGUGAAGACACGUCAGAAGGUAGCGAUGGACCACCUUCUCCAAAGCGUGCAAGAAUUGAUGACGAAGGUCUCAUUGCAGAGGCUGUAUUAGCCUAUGCUGCAAGCGUUGGCGAGGCGGACGACGCUCCAUCAACAUACAGCCAAGCGUUAAAAGGCGAAGACAACAGCAAGUGGAUUCAAGCGAUGCAAGCGGAGCUCAAGGCGCACGCCGAUAACGGGUCCUGGACACUGGUACCAAAACGGCAAGACAUUCGACCAAUCGGGUGCAGAUGGAUAUUCGCUAAGAAGCGAAACGAACACGGACAAGUGGUGCGCUACAAAGCUCGACUCGUCGAAAAGGGGUUCAAGCAGAAAUUCGGUGUCGACUUCUUCGAGACGUACUCUCCCGUGGCAAACAUGAACUCGAUCAGGGUUGUGCUAGCUGUGGUGGUGACAAAGGGAUACGUCACUGAGCAGCUGGACGUAGACACGGCGUUCUUGAACAGUGAUCUCAAGGAAGAGGUGUACAUGGAAGUGCCAAAUGGCAUAGCUAAUGCGGAGAAGAUGAUGUGCAAGUUGUACAAGGCAAUCUACGGUCUCAAGCAGGCUGCAAGUGCGUGGAACAAGACAAUCCAUGCUGUAUUCUUACAGAUCGGAUUUCGUAGCAGCGGAGCAGAUCAGUGUAUCUACGUCAAGCAUCAAGAUGACAACUAUGUCUAUGUUUGUCUCUACGUCGACGACAUGAUCAUCGCCGCCAAGACCAGCAGGGAGAUUCAAGAGAUCAAGACAGCACUCAAGAGCUCAUUUCGUAUGAAGGAGCUAGGCAAGGCUAAAUUUAUUCUUGGCGUGGAGAUUGAUCAUGACCACAACUGCAGUAAGCUGAUGAUUCGACAGACUCGAUACAUCGAUGAUGUGGCCAGCCGUUUUAAUCAAGAGGACGCAAAGGCAGUGGUCAACCCAUGCGAGUCCGGCCUGAAGCUUUCAAAGAAGCAAUCCCCAACGACGGAUGUCGAUAGAGCAGAAAUGCAGUCAAAGCCGUACAGGUCGCUGAUCGGAUGUUUGCUAUACAUCACGACAUGUACGCGCCCAGAUGUGAUGUAUGUCAUCACGCAGUUAUCAAGGUUUUUGGAGAAUCCAGAUCAGCAACAUUGGAAGGCAGCCAUUCGUGUUCUUCGGUAUCUCAAGACGACAAGAGACUACGGGAUAAUCUACGACGGCAGCGCUAGCAAAGUAACAGCUACAGCGUAUACGGACGCGGACUGGGGUAGCAACAUCGAUGAUCGACGCUCCGUGUCAGGGAUAAUGGUGAUCAUCGGUGGCGCACCAGCCAUAUACAAGUCCAAGUAUCAACGCACGGUGGCUCUAAGCUCUGCUGAGGCAGAGUACAUGGCUUUAAGCCUGUGUACACAGGAAGUGUUAUGGGUUCGUGCGCUGCUUAAGGAUCUAGGUCACGAGCAAGUGGGAGCAACGUGGGUCUGGGAAGACAAUCAAGGAGCAAUUGGGCUUGCCAGCAAUGCCGGCUACAAUGCCAGAACCAAGCACGUUGACAUUCGUCACCACUUCAUCCGGGAGAAUGUGGCCCACGAUAUCAUCGUGGGCAAGUACAUCUCCACAUGGACCAAUUGGCCGACAUGCUAA